UUCUUGUUCUAAUUAAUUAACCCUUGAAGCACAAGAAGAAAGAGCAUUCCAAAGAUGGUAACUUGCGUUUCCAUAGCUUUGCUGAUAGUUUUGUCAUGUGUGUGCAUUCAUCAGUCAGAAGCUCAGCUUCAAGUAGGGUUUUAUGCAACCUCAUGCGCGACUGCCGAGGUUAUUGUGAAGGACGAGGUUCAAAAAGGGUUUGCAAAGGAUAAGGGAGUGGCAGCUGGUCUGGUCAGAAUGCACUUCCAUGAUUGUUUUGUCAGGGGUUGUGAUGGAUCGGUUCUGAUCGACUCGACUCCUUCAAACACGGCAGAGAAAGACUCCCCGGCCAACAAUCCCAGCCUCCGGGGGUUUGAAGUGAUCGAUAAUGCCAAGGCGAGGCUGGAGACCUUGUGUCCCGGGAAAGUCUCUUGUGCAGAUAUGGUUGCUUUUGCUGCAAGGGACAGCAUUGAGUUAACUGGAGGGUUGGGCUAUGAUGUUCCUGCUGGGAGAAGAGAUGGCAGAGUUUCACUGGCUUCUGAGGCAUCGGCAAAUCUGCCCCCUCCUUCCUUUAAUGUCGACCAGCUUACUCAGUCCUUUGCAAAGAAGGGGCUCACUCAAGAAGAAAUGGUUACUCUCUCUGGAGCACACACCAUUGGCCGCGCUCACUGCACGUCCUUUAGUAACAGACUCUACAGUUUCAAUGCGACCAACAGCCAGGACCCCAGUCUGGAUCCCCUGUAUGCGGACCAGUUGAAGAAGCAGUGCCCACAGGGUAGCACAGACCCGACCCUAGUAGUUCCAAUGGACCCGGCUACCCCAACCGUUACUGAUGUAGGCUACUACAGGGCUGUCCUGGCUAACAAAGGGCUAUUCACUUCGGACCAGACCCUUCUCACGGACACAGUAACAGCCAGCCAGGUUAAUCAAAAUACACUGAACCCUGCCUCGUGGAAAAGCAAAUUUGCGGCUGCAAUGGUGAAGAUGGGUCAGAUUGGGGCUUUAACGGGUAGUGACGGAGAGAUAAGGAUAAACUGUAGGAAGAUCAACUGAAGAGGGGAAAGGACCAGGAGAUAUGUAAUCUUAAGGCUGGGAUUACUUGUCUUCUAUCUCAAGUUUGGUGUGAUUUGUGUUUGUGUAUGGCUGUCUCUACUAUGCUUCAAUGUGUUAAAAAGUAUAAUACAAGCAGCAAGGCUUGUAUCUCUUUCA